CCACUGAGCUCUGGGAACGUAUACGUGCAACUGUGUAUAGGAGCUAUAAGCAUAGUCGACCGUGGCCGGCUCUAUAGCAGUUUAGCGCCGCGUGCAGCAAGUCUCAUCGUCGUUUUUACUCCCUCUUUCUAAUACUUACUGCACCGUUGGCCGUCGUCGGCGACACGUCUCUGACAAGGUGACGAUCGCGCUGCUGUUGGAUUUUUUGUCUGCUGUCUCUCUCCAUCUCUCUCUCUCUCUCUCUCUCUCUCUCUCUGUUUUAUACAUAGUUCUGUGUAUCUAUCUGUAUCGUAAAUUUUCAUCUUUUACUCGUGGCUUGUGUGAGUGUUAGACAUAUACGUGUAUAUUUGUAAAAAAAGAACCUCGAGAGAGGACUGCGUCGCUGAGGAGCUGCAGUGCGAGGAGGCAGCCGGCCGUUGUAACAGCUGGCAGGAUUCGAGGCGCGUGUCAGUCCUGUGAGGAUGUCAGUUCCCAUGACAAAUAUGAAUGGGAACGGUGCAACAAUCCAAAUCAACUCGCGGCCAGACGACAUCCGAAACCGGAUAAUCAAAGCCGAGGAUGGCAACAGUAAGGACAGCGAUGAGGGAACGUGUGGAAAGGUCCUUAUCAUACUCUCCUGGGCGCUGGUCAUCAUGACGAUGCCGUUCUCCCUCUUCGUGUGCUUUAAGGUGGUGCAAGAAUACGAAAGGGCAGUUAUAUUCCGCCUCGGUAGACUUCUCUCCGGUGGUGCUAAGGGACCAGGGAUAUUCUUCAUCCUGCCUUGCGUCGACAGCUAUGCCCGAGUCGACCUGCGCACGCGAACGUACGACGUACCGCCGCAGGAGGUGCUGACAAAGGACAGCGUGACGGUGUCGGUGGACGCAGUGGUCUACUACCGGGUGAACAACGCGACGAUCUCGAUCGCGAACGUGGAAAACGCCCACCACAGCACCAGGCUCCUGGCCCAGACGACUCUGCGAAACACGAUGGGCACGCGACCGCUUCACGAGAUCCUCAGCGAGCGCGAGACCAUCUCCGGUAAUAUGCAGAUCUCGCUCGACGAAGCCACCGACUCAUGGGGCAUCAAGGUAGAACGAGUUGAAAUCAAAGACGUACGACUGCCAGUCCAGCUGCAGCGAGCCAUGGCAGCCGAGGCCGAAGCUGCUCGCGAGGCGCGCGCUAAGGUCAUCGCUGCCGAGGGCGAGCAGAAGGCCAGCAGGGCUCUACGAGAGGCCUCCGAAGUCAUUGGAGAUUCACCCGCUGCCCUUCAGCUCCGAUACCUCCAGACGCUCAACACAAUCUCAGCCGAGAAGAAUUCGACGAUCGUGUUCCCGCUGCCGAUCGACAUGCUGACUUACUUCAUGAAGGCGAAAGAGGCGGCCUAAGCUUAUAACUCUCUAGAACAGGUCGAUCCUACUGGCCACCCAUACACGAGCACGCGUUUUUUCUUUUCCUCAAUCAAAACAAAUGACAACUCGAGAACUGCAAGCGACAAACUCUGCCGACUCUAAUGAUACACGAAAUCAAACCCUUUUACGAACUAUGUAUGCUAUUAUACAUAGUACGUAUACAAAAAAAAAAUAACAAUGAAUACAACGAUCGGCGAUGAACAAAGCAAAAAAGGCCGUCGUACCAAAGUAAUAAUAAUAAUAAUAAUUUACGACAAUGAACAAAUCCAGUAGGUAAACGCGCAAUUCUGAAUUAUAAGGUAUACACUGUAAUGUAUGUCGAUCAAUGUAUGACGAUUGCAGCCGUAUACGACAGUAUAUCGCUAUUCGAUUGUUUGUCCACUGUAUGCUCCUCGUAUGUACCCGACGUUGAAAAAGAAAGGAAAGAUAUAAUAACGAGCGAGCGUCAGAGAGAAUUUGCAGGUUGCGACUGCAAUUUACAUUAUACUAUUCCGUUGUAUUAUUGAUGUUGCAAAAGAUAUACAAGAGAGCAAAUUCUGGCUGACGACGAUUUUAACAAAUCUAUAUAAUAAUAUUCUCCCGACUAUACUAGUGUGUAAGAUUUGCACGGAGUCCAUUGUUACAAUGAAAAAUGCGUUAAAUAUAUUGAUGAGAGACUCUAUUCUACACUUUCUGUUUGAGACAAUCGAGAUUGUGGAAGUGCAGUCUGGCGCACAGACGAAUGAUUUGUUGUUUUAUUUUUCAGGCGAAACUGAAGCAUUGUAUUAUCAUUGAGGAUAAUCUUUACGCGUUUUUUACAUUUAUUGUAGGAUGAGACUUUAUUAUCCCUUCUAUAUGUUAUAGUUCUUUUGUUUUUAUUUAGAAUUAUUGUUGCAAAUUUGCUCAUUUCUUGCUUUCGUUAGAUACGUAUAUGAAUCUCGUUCUAGAGGGUGUACCUUGAUUCUUUCUUUUCUACAAAUUAUUAUAUAUACGAUGUAAGAAGGACGAUUAUUUUGAUAGCCUGAUAUAAAUAUUGUUGAGAAAAAAAAUACUUUACAUAAUUGCUUGAAACAUUGCAGUGCGAUUGUUAUUUAUGUGAGUUCAAAAUGUAUAUAAUAACUUGUAAAAAUUAACAAAGUCGAUUCUACGAAGAUACUAUAUAUAUUAUUCAGUCGGUAAAAAUCGUACCAACUUCGGAUCAUCAAAAAAAAGUUUUAAGUAAAUAGCGUAUAAUUAGUCGGUAAUUAUCGCGAUAAUGGUUAAACUUUGACCAAUUAUGGAUUUAACAAUAAUUUUUAUACAAAGAGUCAAAAGCGUUUAAUGAGCUGAGAGAAAUGCCUCUGAAAGACAUUAAAACGAACAUUAUUUUUAAUUACUCGAGAAAUUAUAACGAGCGAGCAAACUAAUUUUGUGAUAUUUUCCUAAUUGGUUACAAUUAACUGACGUGGCAACGGAAAUUAGCACGAAAAUUGCACAAUAUACAGAUCGAUGUGUGAAUAUUUUUCAUCAACGUACCACGAUUAUUCAUAUUAUACGAUUGCAAUAAAAAAAAAAUAAUGCACCAUAAUUUACAAGUUGACGAAAUUCAUAUUGAUUCAAAUAUUUCAAACGUUUUUCAAUCAAAUAUACACUUUUAAUUCAAGAUAUUAUAGUUUUAAGGACUUUAAAGAAAGUAUUUUUCAAACGACGUUUUUUGUACGAUUGCCUACGAUGAAUUUUUCUGUCGAACAAUUUUAUACGACGUUCUCAGAUCUUUGUAGAUUCAUAGAAUUAUUGGGACCCAGUCAUCAAAAUACUGAAGGUGCUUUCAUAGGCAAAAUUAUUGUGCAAAUAGUUUGAACUUAGAUUAUAAGUACGUAUUAUUGUUCUUAGAUAAUGUUUAAUCUUAAGUUUUCGUGCAAAGAUGUAAGUUUACGCAAAUCAAACAGAGCGAAGAAUUUGUAUCAGCCACUCUUACAGCAGAAUCGGCGAAAAACUCUUUUGAAAAAAAAACGUUUGUUCUGAGUAACCACCUCUUAUUGCUCAGCGUUAAUUACCAUGUGGAUUUUUGUAAAUAUAAUUUUUGUCACCAACGUUUUUUUCUUGUGCAAAUCCUUUUACUGAGAAAAUACAUACAAAUAUAUAUACAACAUACGACUGAAUUUGCUUGAUGAUUUUCAAGAUGGUUUUUCUGCCAAAAAAAGAUUUAGAUUUGAUAUUAUGACACCUAACGAAUAUGUAACCAAAAAUUGAAAUAUUACUACACUAGAUUUGUGAUUCUAAGACUAUUCCAUAUAUUUUUGAACUUAAUUUUAAACUACGUUUUACCCUAAAGUACUGAAGCAUCGACCAAUACAAACGAGACUGCGCUGAGCAAAUUCUCAAAGUAAAACGUGACAAUGAUAGGAAAAGUUAUGCGUUCAAUAGAGAAUUAACUCGAAAUUUAGUCGAUUGAAUAAUUUUUUUACUAAUUCUAUAUUUACACGUACAUAUAAAAAAUGAAAAAUGUGAGGGUGUUCAAAUCACAAAUAAAGUCUUGGAAUUGACAAUUGGGCUCAAACAAUCAUCAAAAAUCAAACAAAAUAUUUUAAAAGUUUCGGUAUGAAGAGACACAAAUUUAUAAACUAACGUAAUCAACGAUCUCUCGUCUCAGGCUCUUCUUCAUACGCAGACAUGACUUUUUCCAUUAUUUCCCACAGCUUAUCUCUGGUCAAAUCUCUACAGAAAACCUGUAAAAAAAUGUUAUCCGAGUAAAAAAGCUAUUCAUGAAUGUUAAACUGCAUAUCAUAUAAAAUCCAUGUUGUCUUGAAAAAUUUUAAAAUGUGAUUCACUCAAUGGAAUAGCAAAACUCUAUUACAAUAAAGUAUAUCAAUAAAGAAUA